AUGGAAUUCAGAGCGAGACCGACCAUUAUCGACUCCUUGGAGGCGCAAAAGACGUCAGAUGAGCCGAUCAUCAUACAAAUUCAGGAGACGCAGUCGAUAUCGAGCGAGGAUACCUGGACGGAUACGAGGUCCCUUCACGAGUCGGAGUCUACCUACUCCUCGCUUUCAUGCCAGUCCUCGUCUCAUCGAGUUCAACACUGUCCAUUAGAACUCGACGUUUACCCCCCACCAAAUACAAAACCAUGGGCGAAAGUUGCAGAAGGGUUCAGACUGGCGUACACUCGCGGGAAAGUCAGCCUCGAACAACCAAGGCACAACCAGCAGCCAAUCUCAGAAGCAGGAAAAUUCAAUCAUUGCUACGUGCAUCCUCUUGACAACCGGAAAGGAAAGAAUGAGCGCAUCACUCUCGGUCGCUGGACUCCUCGACUUCAAAUCCGAGAUGGACACGGGACCCGACACACGGUCAUCCAAGCAGCUUCGCACAACUAUGCUGGCUUCUACGGCCUAACGCAAGACUCGGAAGAGCUUCAACGAUCGGCGCUCGAGAGCCUACCCGUCGCCAACUCUUAUGCAGUUCCUUCCUUGGAGACGGCCAUGCACGACGGUCUGGCGAAGUUCUUCACUAGUGAAUUCUGCUACACCACUAGCACAGGGUACGGCUCAAACUUACUGGCCUUUUCAGCACUCUUGGACCAGGACUGGCUUGUAAUGUUCGAUGACAAGUGUCAUAACUCAAUGCACGUUGCCGCGUUCCAGAGUCACGCUGGACUUGUCAAGAAAUUCCCUCACGGCAACUUCAAGAUGAUGGAAGCAAUUCUUUCAGAGCAUCGAGGCAAUUUUACCAGUAUCCUCGUCGCAAUCGAGGGGUUUUAUAGCAUGGAUGGCACGGUUCCGGCACUCGAUCAUCUCGCCCGACUCAAGAAGAAAUAUAACUUCACGCUCCUCGCCGACGAAGCUCAUUCAUUGAUGUGCCUAGGCCGGACUGGUCGAGGAGCGAUUGAGGUUUGGAACGAACAGCACCCCGACGCGCCUGUUUCAACAGAUCUCUUCGACCUCCGAACGGGAACUUUGUCUAAAUCGGUGGGCGCCAUCGGUGGCAUCGUCUGUGGGAAGGCACAAUUUGCUCCUGCCAUCCUCAGGCGCCGGGACGAAAUGCUCGCCGCUGGUGCUGAUCCUCUACCCACCUCCUCCAUCAUUCAGACUUUGCACGUCCUGGGCCAGCCGAGCUUACUGCAACGUCAUCUGCGACGGUUGACUGCGAUCGCCAUCUUCGUUCGAGAAGCUCUGCAUAGAGCAGGCGUCCAUGUCUAUGGCAACGCCAUCUCGCCCAUAUUACCAGUCUACGCUGGUCGUCCUAGCAUGGCAGCGAAGAUGUCAUAUGCAUUACGGAAGGUCGGAUUACUUGCAACACCGGUGUCUGCUCCUGCCGUUCCCUUCUGGGAGUCUCGUGUGCGGAUAUGUCUCUCGGCGGAUCACGACAACGAUACCGUCAAUGAUAUCGUUGCUGCCAUUGUCGAGGCUGCUUUAAACAUCGGACUGAUUGACCAAGCAUCAUCUCAGCCCGAAUCGUUCGCAUACCCCGAUGAGCCUUCGACCCGACAAGAGACGCUUGAGGCCUGUGAAGUGUCUAAACAGAUCCGAGAGCUCACCCAGCAAGAGACACUUGAUACCAAAACAGCAAUGGGUGGCAGAGACAUUCUCCGCGCUGGCCACGAAGCCCGCCUCCAAUAUGGUCUUGGUUCCGGUGGUGCCCGAUGGAUCACGGGGACUUCGGAACUGCACAUCCAAGUUGAAAAGAUGGCUGCGAAACUGACCGGCACGGCUGAAGCCAUGACUUAUCCCGACACGUACAUUGGUCUCAUGUCAACAAUCGCAGCCCUCAGUCGCCCGGUGUUAGGAUUUAAGAAACAUUUCUUCCUCAUCCCUCAGGCAGCGCCCCAAGCCGUGCUCGAUGGGUUCCGCGUCGCGUCGAAAAAGGGUGCACCCAAAGUUCAGCGGUACACAAAUAUGGACGCGCUGCUCGAAAUGAUUCGAGGCUGUGGGCCGUCUGCAUACAUCACAUUGUUUCUAGGCGUGGAGGGCAAGCAGACAAAUUUACGGCUCCUGCUGCAGAAAUUACAGCAAACUCGCGGCUCUGCAGGUAUGACAAUCCUUCUCUACAACCAUGCCGGCUGUACAGCAGGCAGCUCCUGGCAGGGUGAGCAAGCGUUGGUCAGCUCCUCCGACGGACUCAGAGAUCACCAAUUUCUGGUAUUUGGCUCGUUCUACCGAGCGUUUGGCCUGCCGGGGGCAUACCUUGCGGGGAGUCCGGUGCUUUUGAAAGAGCUGAGAUAUACCAGUCGGGGAUAUAUGUUUACUACAUCGCAACAGCCCUUCAUUAUGGGCAUGGUGGCUGCUGAGUUGGAGAAACUGAUGGCUUAG